UUCUGUAGAAGAAAUUAAAUUGACAAUAAAAUUUAAAAUAAACAGUGAAUUUUGUGUGCUAAUAAUAUACUAACUAAAAGAAAGAAGAAAAGGAAAACAAAUCAACAAACAAAAAUGUUACGAGCAACUAUGAAAAUUCCGUCAAGUUUAGCGCUAGAAUGUACCUUAAAAAAAAUGCCAGCAUCUUUAACCGAUGGCACUAUCCGUAAAACGUUAUCGAUAUCCGCAACAAAUAUGAAGCGAUUUGUCAUCAAUGAUCACUACGAAUUUGAUCAAAAGGUGGUGAACAGUGACAUUCCGGUUAUAGUCAAUUUUCAUGCUGAGUGGUGUGACCCAUGCAAAAUUCUGACACCGAAAAUGACCGAGCUGCUGGAACCAUUGGAUGAUAUUGACCUAGCGGUUGUGGAUGUUGAUUCGAAUAUUGAUCUUGUGAAUACGUUCGAGGUGAAGGCUGUACCAGCAAUUUUAGCCUUUCGUAACGGUGUCGUUGUUGACAAAUUCAUUGGCCUGGUGGACAGCACAAUGAUUGAGAAUUUAAUCAAAAAGCUACAGAAAAAGAAGGAUUCUUAAACUAUACCAAAAGGGUGGAGCAACUACAAUCGGUUAUUUAUUUGCUGAAGAAAAUUAUUUAUUUGUGUUCUCCAUUAUCAGUUAUUAUGGAAAUGGACUUGAAGAAAUCUUUUAAAUUUUUUAAUUUUAUCAAUUGAGACUUGAAUGUUAAUUGGACGAGACAAAAACAACCGAUUCUUUCUUUCCUACCAUUAUUCCAUCAUAAACCUAACAUUUUACGUAAUAUUUGUCUCGAUAUUAUUUUAGUAUCAGCUUUUAAAUGUACUAUAAAAACGCAAUUCAAAUACUAUCACAUUGAUUUUUUUUGUUUUUCUACUUUUGUUUAUCGACUAUACGACUCGUUGUGAAAAAGUGCAAUCGACGUGUCUUUUCCUCUCUCAAGAUGGACCUGAAUUUUCUCCCUGCUCAUUGUUUUUCAUAAACUAAAUGUAAAUUAUCGUUCCGCCUAAUUUAAAUCAAGCAAAAUUACCAGAAGUCAAUCGUCGAAAUUUUGUUGAAAAUCAAAUAGUUCGAUGUGAAUUGCGGUCAACAUACUUACUAUUGAUCCGUUUGAUCAGAUGCAUCUCUCAAAAAGUAUUUUUGAUUUGAGACAUUUCCAGAAUUCAAUUCUUAAUUUAUGCGCUUCAAUUUUCUAUCACUUUUUUCUUCCAAAAACUAAACUGAGCGACUCUUUAACUUCUGUAGAGCGUAAAUUUAUACUAUGAAUUUCAUAGCACACAAGCACAUUGGCCAAUCGCACUAUUAUUUAUUUUGACUGUUAGAAGUUUAUUUUUAAAAGAAAUAUUCUAAACUAUGAACGAACUAGACUCCCGUUUUUCUCUCUCAAUCAAUCCAAAAUGUAGAAUUGGGUAAAAGAUUCAAUGCAUUAAUUAAGAUUCAUUGUAUUAAUAAGAAAUUAUUUACGACUAUUUUUCAAGCUUAUAAUUACAAUCACGUCUGAAUGUAUGAAAUAAUUGAUUUUUGGUAAUAGAUAAAAGCACAAUAUAUAUAUUGGUUGGCAACAGUAGCUGAAUGAAAUAUAAUAAUAAUUGAACAAACUUUACCAAUACGGAUUUGAUAAAAUAUGUUUUUAUUCCUUAGACAAGUAUUAGGCAAACAAUUCAAUUUUAUUGGUAAGAAUAUUUUGCAAUUGAUUCUUACUCGUCAAAAGUAUGACUGAAUUGGUUUGAAUCAAAUGUAUUUCGCUCGAUUAAAAACGUAGUGCAAUUUUUCACGUGAGCAUCUGCCGCUUAUCUUUUUUUUUUUGCUUCAUGGAAAUCUUUGAAUGAACACAUAUCAUUCACGUUUGCUAUAAAUUUAAUCUUUUUUCGUCGAAAUUAAAAUAUAACUUGUAUCACUUAAAUGUGAAGUCGAAUAUCAAAUAACAAUUUAGUAAAGAAUUGUAUACUAUUCCAAAUGUAUAGCAAAAAAUACAACUGCUAGAAAAUUGUGUGUGACCAGUCCAGACCUUGGUACCGUUACCAUUUUAACAUAGGUUAACUUUAUGUUGCGAACGCUAUUUGCAUUUUUUUUAAUGGACAUUAUCCGGUAUUCCCUCAAGAAAUUGAAAUUGAUAAAACUGUUGAGCUUUGACGCUAGAAAUAAUUUUACUGUAUAUAAAUUAUACACAUUUUCAGCACAAUCGAUGUGCACAAAUUUUUAUAAAACUAAGCUAUAUUUACGUUUUAGCUCCCAUGUGAUUUUUAUUCAAUUUUCAUCAUAAAUAAAAAAGAGAGAAAAGGAAAUUUAAAAAAUAUUCGAUGAAAAA